AGGAGGCACAAGAGGAAGAUUAUAAAAGGGUCAUAACAGUAUUGUUCCCUGCCACAUUAGGUUAACAUAUAGCUAGAGAUCACAUUUCUUACAGUAUUAUAUUACUCCAAAAGGUAUAAACAACGAUGGAGGAAAUAGACAGAUCAAGAUCAACAAGCCGUUUGGUUACUUUUACAAAUGAGCUGCAAAAUCGCAUAACCCAAAAGCAAUCAAUGUACCCUCUUGGCUUCUCAAAAAAGGUAUUUGCUGAGGUUAUAGGGACAUAUUUAUUGGUAUUUGUUGGGAGUGGGGCUGCUGCUAUGAAUUCAAUUGAUGAAAACAAAGUCUCAAAAUUGGGAGCUUCACUUGCAGGUGGAUUCAUUGUUACUGUUAUGAUUUAUGCUAUUGGACACAUCUCUGGUGCACAUAUGAAUCCGGCUGUUUCCUUAGCUUUUGCCACCGUUAAGCAUUUUCCUUGGAAACAGGUCCCAUUUUACAUUGCAGCUCAACUCACAGGAGCAAUUUCAGCUUCAUAUACACUUCGAGUUUUGUUAGAGCCAUCAAAGCAGCUAGGGGCAACAUCACCUUCUGGAUCAAACAUUCAAGCCCUAAUCAUAGAAAUUGUGACCACCUUCACCAUGGUGUUCAUCUCCACUGCCGUUGCCACCGACUCAAAAGCCACAGGAGAGCUUGCUGGAGUAGCAGUAGGUUCAUCUGUUACCAUAGCAAGCAUUGUUGCUGGACCAAUAUCAGGUGGGUCAAUGAAUCCAGCAAGGACAUUAGGUCCUGCAAUUGCUACUUCAUCCUACAAAGGAAUUUGGAUCUAUAUGGUUGGACCUAUUACAGGUGCACUUUUAGGUGCAUGGUCUUAUGUUGUGAUUCAAGAGACAGAUCAUAAACAAGAUCUUGCAACUUCACAAUCUCCUCUUUCAGUCAAGAUACACAAUGAAAUGAAUGGGAUUGAGCUAUAAUUUGUGACAUGGACAGCCAAUGCUAAGUGUGAGAAUAGUGCAUUUUAGUUUGGACACUAUCCAAGGCAUAUGAAAUGAAAUGUCUUGGAUGGUUUGAAGUCCAAUUCAGUGCAUAUAUAUGUAUGUAUCAAACUUAAGGAUUAACCAUGUAUAUUUCAAUUAGAGGUG